AUGAAGAGACUCACCCCUGAGAAUCUUGACCUCCUGUCUAUUACCAUAGAGCUUCUCUCGCCUCUCAAUUAUUGUCAAUCAUUUAGCAACAUGAUGGGGAAGGAUUCCACGAUAAGAAGUGUUUCUGAGAUCUUUCCAUGGCACUAUCAGUUCCUCUUCAUGAUCUUUGAACCAAGUGUGAUCUUUGUAUCUCUGUCUCUCAUACCGGCGUCACCAUCUAAUCAUUUUCAUUCCCUUGCCCCCACUGAUAGCGCUGGAACCUUCUGGUCGCCCUCUCCUUCGCAAAUGACAUGCGAUGCGGAGUCGGCCUGGAAUACCCCGCAGCUCCGCGGGCUAUGGUAUACAUACAUGGGGGCUCUUGCCUUUAGUGGUGUCAUUGAGCCGAUAUUAUUGUAUGUGGCUCGGUACAGACUGCGAGACGUCUUCGAUGCGGAGCAAGUCAUAAGGGCGGUUUUGAUCGCUUUUUUUGCUUUUGAUGUCUUUCACGCAGUUGCAACAUUGGCCGUGACCGGGGUAGAGGCAGCACUUCCUGGGUCUCACAUGCACAUAUACGCCAUGGUUAAUGUUUGGGUCCCUACGGCGUGGAUGCUUUUGCGGACAUCGUGGAUAAUGGGUGUGGCAAGAAAGUCUACCGUUAACAAGAUGAAAUGCAAAUGA